AUGUCUUGUCCACCUUCUUCCGGAGCUGGUCCAUCUAAUUCAACCUCACUGUCUUCCCAGAUCGACACGGGGGCUUCUGUAUCAGCUGCAGAAGGUGGGACGAUCGAGAUACCAUCUACAGGUCUUGAAUUCUUUGAGUAUCGUAGAAGACUAUUCUUGGCUGGAUUACCUCUACCUCCCAACCCCACUGGACAAGCUCGAGAUACCAUUAAAAUCCCCAUACAACCUCCUGAUCCUAUCCCCUCUCCGGAGAGACCUUUCGCCUCGCCAGCAGUCAGAAGAUUAGAAGAGCUCCUAGCUGAAGAAGGGAGUGAGGAGCUGCAAGUAAAUUGGGAGAGAGGAGUGGGGAUGGUCGCGAAGAGUUUGCAUGCUGGAAAGAGGUUGGCGAGGGGUUUAAGAUUGGGUUUGGUAAUAAAAAUUCUCAAAGCUUCUUGGAUACAGGAUGGUCUUUGGCCCAAAGAUGCCUCAGGCCGUCCUGCUCGCCCGCCAAACUCGCCUUUGAUAGAAGGAGUGGAGCUCUUUGGCGAUAAUACAAAUAAUAAACUAGACGGUGCGGCCUAA